AUGCUGGAAAUAACCAAACUAACUCAAGAGGAAAUGGAUGUGGUAAUAUACGAUUCUAGAGUAGGGGAUCUAGAAACAUUACAGGAAAUUUUUGAUUUAGAAAAAUUGAUAACUCCAAAGACAUUAACUAUAAUCAAAGACGAUAUCACUUUAAGUACACCAUUACAUAUGGCUGCAGCUAAUGGACAUUUACCUGUGGUUAAAUAUUUGAUACUGCUCUUAGAGAAAGACGAUGUCAAACAGCUCCUUGAAGCAAAGAAUGAGAAUGGAAACACUGCUUUACAUUGGGCAUCCUACAAUGGGCAUUUGGAGGUGGUUGAAUACUUGGUAGAGGAAGUAAAUGCAGACCCAUUUAUCAAAAACAAUUCUGGACAUGAUUGUAUUUAUGAAGCUGAACUGGGUGGACAAACUGAAGUUGAGAAUUGGUACUUGAAGAAAUUUACUCCUGAAGAUGCCUUCGAUGUGCAAGAAAACGAAGCUGAAGGAACAACUAAAAUUACCUAUCAGCCAGGUAAGGAAAGUAAAUUGGCAGAUGACCAGGCCAGAGAUGCUGUGUUUAAAUCCAAAUUGGACAAUACAAGCACUGAAGGUGACAGUUUAGAACAAAAGACCCAAGCCUUGAACAUAGAUGAGCAAUAG